AUGGCCGACACGAACGCUGUUAAGAAGUUCAUCUACAUAGCACCAACACCACCGGCCGACCUCAUCGAUUCUACGUCGUUCACAAUAGAUUUUGCAGGUCGUAAGUUUCUGCAUGUAGGACUUGACCCAGUACAACAUCAUUCUAUCAUUAUCCUAAUAAUAACGCCGGCUCGAUUAUGAGACCAAGUUCAACGGAUUCGGUUGACGUCAGCAUAACAUUUUUAUUAUUAUUUAUAAAUAUUAACUUAAUAUUUUAUUAUAGCGUAUCAAUUCACCCCCAUCGCCACAACUACCGACAUUGCGUUACACACCGAUAUCUUCAAGCUUCUCUACACCACGCAUCGAAAAGGAGAGAGGAGUUGACCAAAACGAUGAGCCAUACGGCCCUCAAUAUUCGAUGAUUUUGAAUGAUGACGGCGAUGACGAUGAAGAAGAAUAUAAUAUACACAAAUACUGUCUGUACUAA